AUGGCCGAUAAUACGACUAUCCCUACGCCUGGCGUAUUGGAUGAUUUUCUCAGCCCUCCAAAUCUCGCAAGACUUACUGAGCUUUCAGAUAAGUUAGAGGAGUGCCUUGAAUCAAGUGCAGUGGAUGUCUCGUCCUCUUUGACUUCCGCCAACGACGAGGAGCUCCACGAUGCCGUGCUUCUGGCCGUUGCUUAUGUCUCCUCAAAGGCGCAAAGCGAUCUGGAGGACGCCCAGCUGAGAGACCUUGUCAGUAGUCUUGGUGGAAAAGUGAUCAUAUUAGGGACGGGCAAAAAAGAGUCGGAUCUUAUUAUAGAAGCAGCUGUUGCUGGCAUCGCUAUUGCAUCUUCCACCCACUCGCUGGCUUUGGACAAGGAUCUUCUGAUCAAGUUGACGGUUGUUACGGAUCCCAAAGAUCCAUGGACAACUAGUGUCGCUGCAUCGGUAGCCUCUCAGGUUUUGGCUCAACAGAUUUCAGCUGAGAGACUACCAGGGUUCAUCGCUAGCGACAUCCUCCAGAACACUUUGAAGCCACUGUUUACAAAAUCUUCGUCAAGAAUCACAGCUUCGGGACGACCUUCCCAGUAUGCCACAGUAGACGAUCGGUCACGGGCAUUUUCAGAAGUGCAAUCAUGGAGAAGCAAAGCUCCAUGGGCAGAGGCCACGAUACAAUGGGCGAUCAACACAUCUACCGCACCAAUUAUUAAAGAACAUUGGCCUUUGUUCAUGCCAGUUCUGUUGGCGCUUGUGGAGGACGAGUCGAUCGAAAUCAAAGCAAAAGGCCUGAGAUCAUUGACUGUCUUUGUAGAAAAAUGCCCAGUGCAAAUACUGCAAGGCCGGGGCAUAGGGCGUGUCUUUGCAGACGUUACGUUCCCCCUCGUACUCUACCUUCCCAGUGUUACCCCGGAGGAUGAAUCUAUAACCAUCCUUGGCCCGGCUUACGACGUGCUCAUUAAGCUGGCAGAGUGCACUGGAAGUCCAGAAAACCCUGAACGUCGUAGGUUUUUUGACAAGAUCCUUCGAGAUGGUGUAUUUGCUGGUUAUCAUCAUGCGUCUCAGUACACACGUAUAAUACAGGUUCUCAUGCAGAAAACUGCAGCGGUGGUUAAUUGCAUGGGUAUCUACUCAAUUAAACACCUUUCGUCUCGUAUCCUCCAACUCUUUUGGCAACAACACAGCUGA